AGCUUCUCCAUUGAGUCCAUAGUUAUAGAUAGAUUAGAACCAAGUCUCUGUCACAAAAACCUCUUGAUUCUCUCUCUAUCAGACGAAGACCCAAGAAUCGAUUUGGUAGUGGAAGUGGAAUACAGUGAAUUGGAUUUUCUUUCUUCCUUUAAGCGAGUGGAAUUCGAAAACCCAAAUUGAAAAAGAAUAUAUAUAUAUACAUAUAUUAUGUUGUAUGUACUUGAAUAGGUGCGAAAAGGUUUCUUUUAGCUCAGUCUGUAGUCGUUAGCUCUGAACAUUUAUCAUUGAAGCAGCUCUGAAUUUUGCUGGUUUCGAGGUGUCGCCGCCUUUGCGUUUCGGCUUUUUCUCUGCCAGAAAAAUUGGGUAUUGAGUGGUCUGGUCUAGCUAGGUGUGUGUGUGAUUUUGUAGCUGAGCUCUUGCAAUUAUUUCUUGGUGGCAUUCAAUGCUCUGUUUCUCUCUCUAGCUCUGCCAAAUCAUGGAAUGAAUUAUUAUUCCUCAAGUACUCCUUGUUUUUGCCUUGCUUCCAAAAACAAAAAGGAAAGAUCAGAACAACUCUCACUCAAGGGACUAUUUUCAGAGAUCUGGAUUCGAGAAAGAGACCUCUCAAACAAGAUCUGACUGGAAUUCGUAGUUUGGCUUUGGAGAAAAUCGAAGACAAUGUUGCCUCAAAAGCAAGCAGAGGAAGCUAUUGUCCCCAACUUCAACGAGACACAGCAUCAUGAGGGCAAGGAAGAAGAGAAGCAGCAAGAAGAUCACUCCUUUUUCAGUGUCAAGAACGUCCUCUGGCAUGGUGGUUCUGCUUGGGACGCUUGGUUCAGUUGUGCUUCUAAUCAAGUAGCACAAGUCCUGUUAACAUUGCCAUACUCUUUCUCUCAACUGGGUAUGUUAUCAGGGAUUUUGCUACAGAUAUUCUAUGGUAUUAUUGGUAGCUGGACAGCAUAUCUCAUCAGUGUUCUCUAUAUUGAAUAUCGAAGCAGAAAAGAGAAAGAGAAUGUUAGCUUCAAAAAUCAUGUCAUACAGUGGUUUGAAGUGCUUGAUGGGUUACUGGGUCCUUACUGGAAGGCAGUGGGUCUUGCCUUUAACUGUACUUUCCUUCUCUUUGGAUCUGUUAUACAGCUAAUAGCUUGUGCAAGUAAUAUAUACUAUAUCAAUGACCGAUUGGACAAGAGGACAUGGACAUAUAUAUUUGGAGCUUGCUGUGCUACAACUGUGUUCAUUCCCUCCUUCCACAACUACCGGAUUUGGUCUUUUCUAGGCCUUGGUAUGACCACUUACACUGCCUGGUACAUGGCCAUAGCAGCUUUCAUUCACGGACAGGUUGAUGGUGUUUCACACUCGGCUCCAACAAAGCUAGUUCUGUACUUCACCGGCGCCACCAAUAUACUAUACACCUUCGGUGGACAUGCUGUCACUGUGGAAAUCAUGCAUGCAAUGUGGAAACCCCAAAAAUUCAAGUACAUAUACUUAAUUGCCACGCUCUAUGUCUUCACACUAACGCUUCCAUCAGCCUCAGCGGUCUACUGGGCGUUCGGGGAUGAGCUCCUCAACCACGCCAAUGCUUUCUCCCUCCUCCCCAAAACUCGUUGGCGUGACGCCGCGGUUAUUUUAAUGCUCAUUCAUCAGUUUAUAACAUUUGGAUUUGCGUGUACUCCUCUGUACUUCGUGUGGGAGAAGGUGAUAGGAAUGCAUGAUACGAAGAGCAUAUGUUUGAGAGCACUUGCAAGGUUGCCAGUGGUUAUACCAAUUUGGUUUUUGGCCAUUAUCUUCCCAUUCUUUGGCCCCAUUAAUUCGGCUGUUGGGGCUCUCUUGGUUAGCUUCACCGUCUACAUCAUUCCAGCUCUUGCCCAUAUGCUCACUUACAGAAAGGCCUCUGCCCGCCAGAAUGCGGCAGAGAAGCCUCCAUUCUUUAUGCCGAGCUGGACGGCCAUGUACGUGUUAAACAUCUUCGUGGUGGUUUGGGUGCUUGUGGUUGGGUUCGGGUUCGGUGGAUGGGCUAGCAUGACCAAUUUUGUGAGGCAAGUUGACACAUUUGGGCUGUUUGCCAAGUGCUACCAGUGCAAGCCUCCACCACCAAUUCAUCACUGAGUUGACUCGCAUAAACUCAGUCACAUUUCAGCCAAUAGUCACCCAACUCUCCCUCUCUCUCUGUGUCUUCUUCUUUCUUUUUUGUAUCAUACAAAAGGAAAUAGCAAUAUUUUCCCUACAUGCAUGUGCUGUGUGUUUCAUUUCCCCUUUUACAUUUUCAAAUUUUUUUUUUUUUUUUGGGUUAAUUUACUAGAUAUAAGUGUGUGUUGAAUUGUGAUGAUACCUUUGCUACAAAGCAUAGGCUAAUUAAAUCCUUGUAUGUUUAGUUUUAAUUUUUUAUUUAAUCCUUUUUGUUGGAAUAUUAUAGUAGUCACAUUCAUGUUA